AUGGGGCGGCGGGGCAAGGACGUCGGUGCGCUCUCGCUCGGCCACAGCGCUGGCAUCGCCAUGGGCGCGGUCUUCGGCAUGUUCUGGAUGCGCGUCGUCCUUGCCUUUACGUACGUGGAGACCAUCUUCUUCAUGAUCCUCCCCGUCUCGGUCUCGAUCCUUGUCGUUGCCGAGCAGCGGUCGCUCGGUCCCAUCUUUGACAAGCUGCUCUUCAAGAUCCAGUCGAUUGUCUACGUCGCGAUCGAGUCGUCGAGCCUGCCUCGCAAGGCGCGGGCAACGUCGACGGCCACCACGCUCACGGAAGGCGCCUUGGCACAGCACGAGGCGUCGCCCGACUCGUCGCCGGCUGCUUCGCCUGUCCACAAGGCUGUCAUGUACCGCAAGAGCUCUGCUGCGUCCAACUCGUCGGAGCUUAUCUCGACUGCGCAAAGCAGUCUCUUUGCCGGCGUGGGCAUUGGUCUGCGCGACCACACAAUGGGCUUCAACGCCGUGAGCGGCCAGUCCAAGCCCAUUUACCUCCAAGAAGUCAACUCGGGCUACUUUGUGAAAUCGGUCGACGGCCGCCUCAAGCUCACGGCGCGCCCGGACGACUCGUGUCUCUUUAUCUGGGUCCGCGGGAAAACCCACCAUUGGGGCCUCCUCUCGCUCUCGACCCAGCGCUUUCUCGGGCAAAACGUCGUCUCGAUGGUCGUUGUGUCGGCCAAGAAGCUGCAAAACUGGGAGGCCUUCCGCGUCCUUCAAAAUGCGGACGUCCCGUCCAUGGCCCCAGACGAUGCGAUCUCAUGCCCGAUCCACUUGAUUCUCUGCUCGGCGCGCUUUGGCAAAGGCAUGUGGCUCUCCACGCGCUUGAAGGAAGGCGACCGCGUGCUCUCGCUCUCGAAAAACUACGCGUCUGCGCUCUGCGUACGGUACGCCUCGGACCUCGUCGCGUUCAAGAAGGACGCCGAUGCGAACGAGCCUCGGCCGUCGCGGUCGUCGUCGUCGUCGUCGUCGCCGGCGCGGGACUCGUUUGUCGGCGACGCACCGACGCUGCCGUGGCUGUCGGCGACGGCUUCGUUUUUCCAGUCGACGUCCUUUGCGACCAUUUUGACGCAGACGCUCGAGAAUGUGACCAUGUCGUCGCUGACCAACUUGUUUGUCGACGCGUACGACGUCAUGCUGCCAGACGCAUGCGGGAGCUGGUCGGGCCACCCCACGCUCGGCAACGUCCGGCUCGUGAGCUACCCGAUCUCGCCCGGGUCGGUCGACGAGUACCACGCGUGCAAGUUUGAGAACGACGAGCUCUCGUUCAAGAUCAAGGUCCAGUUCCACGGCUUGGCGCUUGGCGAUACGUUUUCGCUCGAAGUCGAGUACCUCCUCAAGAGCCUCAGCGACAAGCGCGUGAGUUUGACGUGCCUCAAGGCCGUGCACUGGCGCAAGCCGACGCUGUUUCAGCGACAUAUCGACACGGCGUCCCGGGCCGCCGUCCUCGGCGCCGCCCAGCAGCUCGCCGCGCUCCUCGUUGCGCGGAACCACUCGUCCAAAGUGCUUUGGAACCUGCCGACGCUGCUGUACAGCCACGUGCAGCAGCAGUUUGAGCGCAACCAAGUCGAGCACUUGAACGUGCUCGAGCCGCUGAGUUUGCCGUGGAAGUCGGCUCUCUUCUUCGAAAGCGAAUCGACCAAGACCGUGUAUGCGACCAUGUGGCCGAUCACGCCGUCGACGUACUUUGAGUGGUUCGUCUCGGACGCCAGCGCCUUCUUCCGAAAGACGCACGACGAAAGCAAGCAUGUCAACGUCGACAUGAGCCCGUGGACGUACCACAACACGCUUGGCCAUGUCCGGAAGCAGACGUUUACGAUGCCUGUCGAAGGCUUGGCCGGCCACGCCACGACGACGGUCCGCGAGUACCAAUGGUACGAAAUGAACGACGCACAGUUGCUCCGGUACGGCUCCAAGAUCUACGUCGGCGACCUUCCGGACGGCCAUGCCUUCUCGGUGGAAGUGCGCUAUGACGUGCAGCUGGAUGUCCCGACGCAGACGCAGAGUCGUGUGACGAGCUCUAUCGGUGUUGUGUGGACCCACAGUAGCAAGUUCCAAGCUGGCGUCGACGCAGCUGUCGCGGCGGCAGUCCCGGCGGCCAUGACCAAACUCCUUGGUCGCAUCAAGGCCAAUCAGCACGAAGUCGAUGACGUUCGCGAGAUCCAGUGGCUGCCAUCGCAAGACGACCUCACGGCCGCGCUCGUCGAAGCCAUCGUGGCGGCCUUGGCGACCGAGUAG